AUGCAUAAUGACGAAACAAAAACGAGGCGAAAGUUUGUCAUUGCUUCUAUCAAUACUAGCUUAAAAGAUACAUUGGCGAACUCUGAAGCUGACAAGUUUCUUUUCGGAGAUAACAUGUCAGAAAAGCUUAAGACAGCAAAAACUGUACAACGCUCUGCUGAAGCACUAAAGGUGACACAAGCACCAUUUUCUAGGGCUAACUUUUCUAAUAAUAAAUCUUUUAACAGCAAUAAUAAUUUAAACUACAAGCCCCUGCAUCAAAAGACAACAGGCAGGCAACAUGCAGGGAGGCCGUACGCAGUCCUGCCACCACGUCACCAGAACAGCAGUUCGCAACGGCAGACUCACUGGAUGCAGUGGCCGCCUUCACCACCGCCGCCCUCUUCACACCAACCACCUCCGCCGAUACGCAGAACGAAACCUUCUCAACCUAAAUAUAGUAUUACGUGGGACCCUAGUAUUGUUCUUAAUUAUUUGUCUGCACAGUGGCCACAUGAAGGUCUCGAUCUUGAAAUUCUCUCGAAAAAAGUUAUAACUUUGUUGGCUCUGGUCACAGCACAUCGCGUACAGACUCUAGCUUUGAUAAAGAUUCCUAAUAUUGAAAUAAUGGCGAAGAAUACCUUAUCCAAAGCUCAAAUCGAAAAUUAUUUGAUGAUACCAAUAGGCAGUGAAGAUGAACAAGACUCCUCAGGUGCUGAAAGUGACGAUGACAUUGCCGUAAUUCGAUCUACCAUCAACAAACUUUGUGAAACGGAUACAGAUGACGAUGAGCAAUUUGUUUCACCGAACAGGUAUGAAUUCACUGCACCAUUAUCAGGGUCUUGUGGUGGUGAUAUGCAGCAGCCUAUAUCAUCUAUUAGUGGUUCAAUUCCUGCUAUUCCAAGUACAUCUGGAGCAACUACUUCACGAACACGUCAA